AUGUCUCACAGGGUCAGCGAAUUUGUCGACGACAAGUCGCCAAUCUGCAUACCAUUCAUUCUGGACCGCCUGCACGAACACCAAGCAGCCAAUAAAGGCAACGGCUACGGCAUAGCAGCAGGAGGAGAAAGACCCUUCAUUAUCGGCCUCAAUGGUGUGCAAGGCGUCGGCAAGACUACCCUGGUCCAGGCGCUCGCCUCGGUCCUCAGGGAGCGCGAGGGCUUGCAGACGCUCGUCGUGAGCAUUGACGACUUUUACCUCGGGCACGAGGACCAGGUCGCCCUCGCGGCCUCGCACCCGGACAAUGUGCUCGUGUCGUGCCGGGGCGAGCCCGGCACCCACGACAUGGCGCUGGCCGGCGACUUUUUCGCCGCCAUUGUCCAGGGCCGGCCGGCGCGGAUUCCCCAGUACGACAAGUCGGCCUUUGCGGGCCAGGGCGACCGGGCGCCCGAGUCGACCUGGCAGGAGGUCAAUCAGCCCGGUCAGCCCCGCGUCCAGGUCGUCAUCUUUGAGGGCUGGUGUGUGGGCUUCCGACCUCUUACGCCCGCCGAGGUCCAGGCCAAGUGGGAGGCUCCGAGCCGGACGCUGAAGCUGCACAAACUUGAGCAUCUGCUGUUUGUCAAUGAGCGCCUGGGGAGCUACGACACCAUCACGGAGCUGUUUAAUGCCUUUAUACACAUCGAUGCCGAAGACACUCAGUACGUCUACGACUGGCGACGUGAGCAGGAAGUCAUGCUCCGGGAGGCAAAGGGUACCGGUAUGACAGACGAACAAGUCGUUAAAUUUGUUGAUGCAUAUUAUCCAGCCUAUGAACUGUUCUCGGACAAACUACGACAAGGCGUGCUCAAGGGCAAGACAGGCCAUCAAUUAAGACUCGUGGUUGGCAAGGAUAGAAAAGUAAAGCAGAAAAUUGUGAUUUAG